AUGCUCGCCCUAACCCCCCUCCUCUGGGCCUUCCUCCCACUCACAAUAGCAUCAACCCUCCCCACGAUAAACACAACUGCCCUCACUCCCUGGCAACUCACCGCCCUCUCGACCUCCUCGCCCCCCGGCAUGCCCGCCGUGCACCCCUACUCCCACCUCUUCUUCACCAUCUCCGACCCCAACACCAUCACCCUCGGCACCACCCACUUCGGCGACGCCGGCUUCCCGCCCAGUGCCGUCAACUGUUCCGUCUGGUGGAUGAGUUUCGGCGAUGACCCGCGGGAUACAGGAGUUGAAAAUGCAUGUGAUGCGAUGCUGCCUGGGGUGCGUGGGAAAUGGACGUUUACGGUGGUGGAGGGACGGGAUCCGACGAGGGGGGUCACGACGGAUGUUGGGUUGAGGAUUGGGUUGGAGGAGGCGGUUUCGUUGGAGACGGGGGGCGUGGUGAGUGUGAGGUUUGAGGGGGAGGUGGUGUUGAGUGUGGGCGAGGAGAUGGCGGGGACGUGUGGGGGAAGUGGGGUGUGUAGUUGGGGGUUGAAGGGGGAGUUGGUGCCGGUGUUGGUGCAGCAGCGGUUGGUGGGGGUGGAGUGUGUUGCGGCGUGUGAUGUGGGGAGUGAGUAG